AUGCCUAUUGUUUGGUGGAUCAAACGGAUGUCACUGGGACAAUACCCCACGAUGCGUGGUAGACUCGGCGGAUCCUUCCGAUCACCAGCAUGUUCUAGACCACGUUUCCUCAAAAAUCAGAUUGUUCAGUCUCAUUUUGUACACUCAAGAUACUUCGUAGCAAUUAUCAAGCUAGUCACUCGUCGUAGUAGCCAGCAAAGAUCUCAGAAUGCGUAUUCCCGUGCUCUCAUCUCAACCCCCCUAGAUAGCUCACUUACAGGACCUUACUCCCAAAGUCUACCUUCUACUCCAUCGCAGGAAGCCCAAUACUCAAAUCUGUUAAGUUGCCCCUUCCCAAAAUUUCGGCUACUUCUACUUCGUACCGACGGCGAGCCGCGGAGAGGCAGGGAGAAAGCCCACGAUGUACUCCCCCUCCCCCUGGCUCUUACACGUUUCAUCAACUCUCCAGACGAAAAAGUCCCCACCAUCUGCACCGCAAAACCCCCAAACCGUCACAUCGUCGCCGCAUCUUCCGAACAUAUCCCUUAUACUAACCCAAAUUCGGACUGUGUAUUGUACUUUGUGACGAGAGGCUGCCAAAAUGAGCCUCCCUCCCCCCCUGUUCGUCUCAUCCGUACUUGA